AAAAAUACACAAGAAGAAAAUGGAAGGAAAGCCCACCAAAAUUGAUUCUCAAAAUAUCCAAAGUCCAAAAGGCCACAAUCACGGACAAACACGAAAAUGUCACAUUCGACCUUUCCCACCUCCUCACGUGCUCUGGCUCCAUGGUGCAAUGUUCACCGGCGAUCACCCAAUUCUCCGUUCAGCUUCCGGCGGCAUCUCCGGCUUCCACCACUAAAGUCAACUCCCAUUCUGGCUAAAAGGGUCUCAAAAUCUGUUGCAAUCUUGGACUUCAAAGGUGGCAAAGGAAUGGGUGGGUUCCAUGAAGUUGAGCUCAAAGUCAGAGAUUAUGAGUUGGAUCAGUAUGGUGUUGUCAAUAAUGCCGUUUAUGCAAGUUAUUGCCAGCAUGGCCGUCACGAACUUCUGGAGAGGAUCGGUGUAAAAGCUGAUGCAGUUGCACGCACUGGUGAUUCAUUAGCAUUGUCAGAACUGACCCUCAAGUUUCUUGCACCUUUACGUGACUUCUGUAUGCUCGAUGUGAGUAAAAAUAAUGACCGGAGGAUGAUGGUACAGAUGAAUCUAUUCGCUUGUUCCAUGGUGGCCGAUCUUUCUGGGAAUGCUGCUUCUUCAGAACCUUUGGUACCCCUGAUGCUGUUGGAUUGGGAGCAGAACCAGUUGAAUUGCUCCGUGAGAGAAAAUGUAAGGAUCGGAUUAAGGUGCUACUUCUACUGCUAUUUAAAUUCAAACUGCUGCUUCUUCGGAACUGCCAAAAAGGUUUGGAUGAUGGCUUCUUUUCUUCUUCUGUUUCUUCAUCAGAUUCAGUUUCAGGGUUGAUGGACAAUAGCUCCUUCAAACUCUUUUUCUUUGUAUCUAAAUUCAGGGCUGUAUCUGCAUUGUCAGUGGCUGAACUUGUAGCUGCAGCUGAGAAGUUAAAGGCCGUAUCUUUUCGAUAACAUGACGAAAUUGGCUUAGAUCGAUAAAUUUCUUUAGAGGCUGUUUCUUCACCAGGCUUGAUGGUUGUGAUUUUCUUGACUUCUGUAGGAAUGAUCUUGCCAUUUGCAAACAACUCAUCUGCAGAUGAAAGCAGCCCCUGUGAGAAGCUUUGACUGAUGCUGAAAUUGAAAUCAAUGGAUUCCAAAAGUAAUGCAUCAGAUCGAUGUUGGUAGCGUUCGCGUGGAAUUGGAUCUGUUUCCCUAAGAUCAUGAGAAAAUGAGAUUCUUGGACUUACAACAGGACUUGAAACUUCUGAGCAUACAUCAACUGCCAUACCCCUAAUAUUCUUUUUACGAUGAGAAAUUCUUAUAGGAAAGGGAGCAUAUAUAGGGCUGGUAAAGCACAAGAUCCGAGAGGACGAACAAGAAUGUUAUGCAGUUAGAUUUUAUGGUCAAAAGUGCAAAAGAGAAAGAAUUGAUAUGACCGGAAUAAGAGCCAGCUUUUGCUUUUCAUGUUAAGAUUAGAUCAGUGGAAAAGAUUCCAAUAGAGGAAGAGAGAAUAAAGUGUGUCAUCAGGAGACAUGACUCAUUUCACAGUGGGGUAGCAGUGAAACUUGCAUUAUGCCAAAUGAUUCUGAGAGAAGUAAAAACAGAUCACAUUGCCAAGGAAAAGUGAAAGAAUUUGCGCACCGAAAGGCUAUGGAAGGAAAUCUCCCUAUAGGGUUCCCUAGGAAAGCUUUUGAAAAUGGAAGGAAAGAAAUACUCUAUGAGUAUUGAUAAAGAGAUUUUCACCCCCUAGCUCUCAAGGUUCAAGGCAUUAUAUACUAGAAUGGAACAGACAGAUUACAAGGAUGGAAUUUUGCAGGCGUAUGAAAACUAGGAAGCACUAUUUAACUUUGGUUUUCUGGUCAGGUGUCAGGAUAUACACCUCGAGUCCCAACAAGAAAAGUUUAAUUUUAUAUGCACAUUUGUUUUCAUUUAUCAUCCUCUGUCUGGAUAGUUAUGGGAAAGUUGGUAAAUUAUUGUAUGCGUAGCCCUAAAAAAUAUACCAUCUUUGCUUUUCACUACUCUCUACAUUACACUCUUUUUGGAAUCCAAGUUCCGAUAUACUCCUCUA